AUGGACUGGCUCGCCGACCGCGUCGAGACGCUCGCCAAGCAGGCGCAGGACUUGACCAUCUACGACGUCAAGGCCGCCGUCCGCAAGGCGCAGGCCUACGCUUUCAACUACACCGAGGCGGAGGCGAGGGUCCGAGAGGCGACCAGCGACGAGCCGUGGGGUGCGAGUUCGACGUUGAUGCAGGAGAUUGCCCAGGACACGUUCAACUUCCAAACCUUCAACGAGGUCAUGCCGACCGUCUACUCGCGCUUCACCGAGAAGGAAGCUCGCGAAUGGCGCCAGAUCUACAAAGCUCUAGUGCUCCUCGAGUACCUCAUCAAGAACGGCUCUGAGCGCGUCGUUGACGACGCGAGGUCGCACUUGAGUCUCAUUCGCGUCUUGCGCAACUUCCACUACAUCGACGAGAACGGCAAGGACCAGGGCAUCAACAUCCGCAACCGCGCCAAGGAGAUUGGCGAGCUUCUCUCCGACCUGGACAAGGUUCGCACCGAGCGUCGCAAGGCCAAGCAGAACCGCAACAAGUACACCGGCGUCAGCAACUCGGGCAUGGGCGGGCCAAGCUUCACUAGCUCGUCUGGCAGCCGGUACGGUGGCUUCGGCAGCGACUCUUUUUACGGCGGCUCGUCAGGCGGCGGGGGAGGGGGAGGAGACUGGUCUUCGGGAGGAGGCGGAGGAGGAGGAAGCGGCGGGUUCUCUGACAGCCGGGGUCAGGAGUUUGAGGAGUACGACGCCGGUGACGACGAGGACCUCGACACUCGGCGUCGCGCGACGUCGCCUUCUGCGGCUGCUGGUGCCGCCGCUUCGGCUCGCGCUGCCCGCACUUCCUCCAAGGCCGCCGCCCCUCCGCCUCCUCCCCCUCAGAAGCAGCCCGAGGUCAACCUCUUCGACUUCGACGACGAUGAGGACCAAAAGCAGCCUACCCCGCCACCCAAGUUCUUCGCGACCGUUCCUGCGGUCGCUCCCGCUGCAGCUGCAGACGACGACUUUGACGAUUUCCAGUCCGCUUCGGCGCCCGCACCCGCGCCUCCUGCCGCUUCAUCAGCGUCCCCCUUCCCCGUCGCCGCUCCUUCCGCACCCAAGUCGCACCAAAACGUCUUUGCCCUCCUGAACCCUCAGGCGCCCUCUCGUCCCGCUCCGCAAGGCGCACCCGCCGCCUCUCCUUCCCCCGCUCUCGCCUCAGCGACUUCCGGCUCGAUGCCGUUCUCGCAGCCUCUCCAGGCUCGCCCGCCAAUGCAGCCAGCCAUGUCCUCCUCGUCGUCGUUCUCGGCUCUCGCGCCGAUGGCUUCCAAACCCACGACUCCCGCCGCCGCGCCCUCUUCAGCGUCCAGCGGCAUGGCGGCAAAGAAGCCUGCAGGUGCAGCCGACUUUUCCGACAUCUUCGACAUGCUCGGCUCGUCGUCGUCCACUUCGGGCGGCGCCAACAAGGCUGCGAGCGGUCAGAGCUUGGCGGCAAUUGCGGCGCAGAAGAGGCAGGACCAGUUGUUUGGGUCUGGAGCGGCUGCGAAGUCGAGCGGCUCGGGCGGAGCGGGAGACGGCUGGGACUCGCUUUUGUAG